GCCGGGCCGGACACAGCGCAGGGCCAUGGCCGAGGCGGCCCCGGCUCCGACUUCUGAAUGGGACUCUGAAUGCCUUACAUCCCUGCAGCCCCUUCCUCUUCCUGCGCCCCCAGCAGCAAAUGAGGCGCACCUGCAGACCGCAGCCAUCUCCUUGUGGACCGUGGUGGCAGCCGUGCAGGCGAUAGAGAGAAAGGUGGAGGUCCACAGCCGGCGACUCCUACACCUAGAAGGACGGACGGGGACAGCAGAGAAGAAGCUAGCCAGCUGUGAAAAGACAGUGGCUGAUCUUGGGAACCAGCUGGAGGGCAAGUGGGCCGUGCUGGGGACCCUGCUGCAGGAAUACGGGCUGCUGCAGAGGCGACUGGAGAACUUGGAGAACCUGCUGAGGAACAGGAACUUCUGGAUCCUGCGGCUGCCCCCGGGCAUUAAAGGAGAUCUCCCAAAGGUGCCUGUGACAUUUGAUGAUAUCUCCAUCUACUUUUCCACUCCAGAGUGGGAAAAAUUAGAAGAAUGGCAAAAGGAACUUUACAAGAAUAUCAUGAAGGGCAACUACGAGUCUCUCAUCUCCAUGGAUUAUGCCAUGAAUCAACCUGAUGUCUUAUCUCAGAUUCAGCCGGAAGGAGAACAUAAUACAGAGGAGCAGGCAGGACCAGAGGAAAGUGAGAUUCCCACAGACCCCAGUGAAGAGCCUGGCAUUUCAACAUCAGAUAUUCUGUCUUGGAUCAAACAAGAGGAAGAGCCCCAGGUUGGGGCCCCACAGGAGACCAAGGAGAGCGACAUGCACAAGGGCGCCUAUGCUGAUGAAGAGCUUGUCAUCAAAGCCGAAAGCCUCGCCAGAGCCUCUUUGUGCCCAGAGGUUCCAGUCACCUUCUCUUCUCCACCACCAGCGGCAAAGGAUACUUUUUCAGAUGUGGCUUUCAAAAGCCAGCCGUCCGCAUCCAUGGCGCCUUUUGGACGUCCAGCCACUGACCUGGCCGAAGCCUCUGAGGGCCAAGUGACUUUUACUCAGUUGGGUAGCUACCCCCUGCCACCUCCAGCCGGGGAGCAGAUAUUCUCCUGCCACCACUGUGGCAAGAGCCUCAGCCAAGACAUGUUGCUGACCCACCAGUGUAGCCACACGGGUGAGCCCCCCUUGUCCUGUGCCCAGUGCCCGAAGCACUUUCCCCAGCAGGCCGAUCUCAGCGGCAGCUCCCAGCCCCAUGCUAGCGAGACACCCCCCACCUGCCCACACUGCGCCAGAACUUUCACGCACCCGUCAAGACUCACCUACCACCUCCGGGUCCACAACAGCACCGAGCGCCCCUUCCCCUGCCCCGACUGCCCCAAGCGCUUCGCCGACCAGGCCCGACUCACCAGCCACCGGCGGGCUCACGCGAGCGAGAGGCCCUUCCGCUGCGCGCAGUGCGGCCGCAGCUUCAGCCUGAAAAUCAGCCUCCUGCUCCACCAGCGGGGGCACGCGCAGGAGCGGCCUUUCUCCUGCCCCCAGUGCGGCAUUGACUUCAAUGGCCACUCGGCCCUGAUUCGCCACCAGAUGAUCCACACGGGCGAGCGUCCGUACCCGUGCACUGACUGCAGUAAGAGCUUCAUGCGCAAGGAGCACCUGCUCAACCACCGGCGGCUGCACACGGGCGAGCGGCCGUUCAGCUGCGCGCACUGCGGAAAGAGCUUCAUCCGCAAGCACCACCUCAUGAAGCACCAGCGCAUCCACACGGGCGAGCGGCCCUACCCCUGCGCCUACUGCGGCCGAAGCUUCCGCUACAAGCAGACGCUCAAGGACCACCUGCGGUCGGGCCACAGCGGAGGCUGCGGCGGCGACGGUGACCCAUCCGGACAUGCGCCUGACCCCCCGGGGCCCCUCCUCCCUGGGCUCGAGACCUCUGGCCUAGCCGUUAACACCGAAGGGCUAGAGGCCGGUCAGUGGUAUGGGGAAGGGAGCGGAGGGGGGGUUUUGUAAACCUCGCUCCUUUCAUGGUUAUCUAUGUUCUCCGGUUACCUGUGCCCGCGAGUCCCUGCACCCCCCCUGCGGUAAUCGCUAUGUGGCCCGGCGAGGAAUUUGGGAUCUUAGACACUUGACUAGAGACAUUGCUGGAAUUUUGGAACUUCAUAACAUCACAAGAACACGACAUUUUGAAACCCAGAAAGACCUGGAAGGAAGCCCAGCAUCCCGAUCUUUACAAAAGUAUUACCUGAGCAGAAGUUAUAUAAGAAGGUUGCAGAGAGGUUGGAAAGCAAGAUUUGGCCCCUGUUACUCCAUCACAGGGUGAUAAGUUGAUAAUGAUUGUGGCUCUAGGUGGGGACAGGUGCAUGGGAAGAGCCUCCAGAACUCGAAGCCCAUCACGAGGCAUGAGGAUAUUUAAUUGAACCUUAUUAAUUCCCUGAUGGUAAGAUGGUUGUUAGAAGAGAGUGCUGGAGCCUCGGGCCAUGGUACUGCUUCUCCCUGGCACGAGCUAAGGUCUGCCCCUCUGCUCAUGCGCUGCCUCUCCCGGAAUGGUAACUCAAGACUGCCUUCCUAGGUUUCCUGGAUUAAUUCUUCUAAUCCAUUUUGGUUAAUAUUGGGGGAGCAAGAAGUUUGACUUUAAAAGCUUCUUAAGGAGAACAGUUCUUUGCAUAGUUUGAUUUGCAGAAUUCAGGCUCUUACUGGCAUUUAAACUGCUAGGAACGUUUGUCGAAGUCCUGGUUAAAAAAGUGGGAGCAGUGUUCUCAGCACUAGCUUUAAAAUCUAGAGAGCCCAGAGAAAUUUCAGAACAGCCUAAGAUUUGUGCCUGAACCAUGUUUCUUAGAAGGAGUCAUUUACAUCAAAUUUUCCCGUAUUUCCAAGCUAAUAAGCUGAUUUUUCCGUUCCUGGUGUCUCGUAUUCUUGACAGUCCUCAGCAGAAUAGAUCACAUCACUUUUCGGAAGCGUUAUGGAGCUUCAGAAAGUGCCAGUGGGUCUCAGGUUUCAUUUCCUCAGUUGUGAGAUGAUGGUGCUGUAAUGCAGCUUUCUUGAACAUCAGAGUGUAUGUUCACCCCUUCUGACUCUCCCCAGUGGCAAUGGGCAGAUUGAGGAACUCUGUAGAUCCCUGAGCGCUGAGCACCACAUACAGACAAGGACAGCCUCUUGCUGCUUGUUCUGCUUUUAGGGACCUUGGCUACCAUGUGUUCUUUUGUCGGGGACAUUCGGUCAGAGGAGAGUAUCUGAGUGUGGUCCUACUCCUCAGUGGCUUUGCAGUUAGACAUAACUCCCUUUCCCUUUAGAAAUUGCAAAUUUUCAUCUGCAAAAUGAGGCUGGUAAAAGGAAAAAAGUGAGCCUCUAGAAAUUAAAAAAAAAAAAAUCAUAAAACUUGUGACACAUUUCUUCUGCCAGAAUUCUCUAUCUCUGGCUUCUAUCCAGGCAAAGCCACAUAAGACCCCUAAAUCAGAGCAGAGACAUUUCUUGUUGAAACUUGACGGAACUCGGUUUGUGUUACUCUUGCUGGGAGCCUGAGGUGGGAAACAAAGACAGCCCUAAGUCUUGGGCAGUAAAGCUGUUUAUUCCUAUACUCUGUUUCCCCUGAAUCUUUCCAAGAUGCCUGGAAACAAGGUCUGCAAGUACUUAGAACACUUUCUUGAUGAAAUGAUAACAGAGAGACCCAUUUUUUCCUUAUCACCUAACCCAACCUUCACCCAGCCUAGCUCUGCCUAAACACACUAGGAAAGUGUUAGCCCAGCUAGCUUUGCUCCUGGGAAGGUUCUGUCUGAACAUGCUCUUUAGAAUGAUUGCAUUUAUGAAACAUCUGCUCUGUGACAUUCACAAUACCAGGGGUCAUGGGAGACUUAAGAAAUGGGUGUGAGACCUAGUCUGCUGCUGUAAUUUAUAGUCUGAAGGCGAUGAAAAAGUCCCAGUAUAGAACAAACCAAGACAACUGACAAACAGAACCCUGGCAUGUUGGGAUUAAGAGCUUUCUAGCUAGAAUCUGGACCCAUACCACACGUAAACGUGGGGGUUCUGGGGCUCCCAAAGCCAGGGUUCCAGCUUCACUGCUGACCCACUAGGGACUUGGUGUGAGACCCAGCUCUGGUUUGCACCUUGGUCUCCUAAUUAAGAGGGAGAAGAAUCAAAGUACUAUCUUUAGGUGGUGAGCUCCCUUUUCUGGAGGCAUUUAAGCAUUUGCCAGGGUGUGCUUGAAAGGGAUUCCUACAUGAGGUGUGAUGUUGGUCUAGAUAACAUCAGAAAUUCUUUUUUUUUUUUAAGUCAAAGAUUUAAUGAGGACACAGAGCUUAUUAAUGAAAGAGACCUGUGGGUUAAAAUGCUGCAGAUAGAGCCCACAGUCCUUUCUGCAAGGAACUGUAGCCAGCAGGGACCCAAACUUUGUCAGGCUGUGAACACGGUUCAAAUACCAAUGAGGCCAGAGCCACGAAGCUCAGUGAAAGGGAAUGGGUAGGGCCAUGCCAGAAAGAUGCAAGUAGGUGUUCUCCUAAUCCUCAGCCCCAUACACACCAGGGGGUUUCAGCUGUGCAUUCUGGUCUCCUUUCCCGGCACCCAUCCUCUACUAGGUAAAACUCCAGGCCAGCUCUAGAGUUUGUUUGCUUAAGAUUCAAGGGUGGAUACAUAAAAUGCGCUCAGUGGAAAAGUUAAGUCGAACCGGGAAGGUUUCAGUGUGUGGAGAAACUUGGUCCAUUGAAGGCUCCUGAGAGAAACCAUGCAUUUAACUGCAGUUGAAGUACCUGAGGAUUGGUUGUCAGGACAAGGCAGGAAAGAGGAGAACCCAGGAAUGUGCCCUUCAGUCUGCCCCCUGGGCUAAGAAGUCUGUCACACACAAAUAGGCCUAUCUCCUCGGAGUAGACCCAGAUGUGGACUGUAACCAGAUUCACUCUUUGCUUACUAAGUUUUUCAUUGUCACCGUUAGAUGAGCCUCUGUUUCAGCCACAGAUGUGAAAAUAAAUGAAGUUGAUUGCUUAUCUAGAAAGUGAAA